UUUUAAUGAAAAAAGAUUCUUCUACUAAAAGACCCUAUGAGAAAGUCUCAAAAAUAAAAAGACAGAACCUUGUUAAGUUAGUGUUCCACUAAGGAAUCAAAAUAAAGCAUGUAAUAAUAAAAUCUAAAAAUAGGCUGCUAAACAACUUAAAAUAAACUACGCUGCUGCCAAGACUGUUAUUAGUCAACAUAGAUGCAAUGUCAUUUUAUAGAAUAUACAAUACAAGUCCAACUAGAGGUGUGGAUUUACAACGAUUAAUAAUACUAACAGAUCAUUCAGUUUAAUAUCCAAAUUAGCUGGAGAAAUCAUUAAAGCUACAGACCAUUCGAUACAAGACUUGAAGAAGCUAUGA